AUGAAGAUUAUCUGUCCGUUUCUAAACAACCUGGUCUUUGAGUGCUCGACUAGAUUUUUCCUGUGCUUGUUGUGGAUGGGAUAUUCUCAAGGAAUGCCGCACGUUUUAAGAUUUGGGGGUAUUUUUGAGUCAGUGGAGCAAGCCCCAUCGGGGGCAGAGGAACUAGCCUUUAAGUUUGCAUUAAAUACAAUCAACAGAAAUAGAACGCUGCUGCCAAACACAACGUUAACCUAUGACAUCCAAAGGAUAAAUAUUUACGACAGUUUUGAAGCAUCCAGAAAAGCCUGUGAUCAACUGUCCCUUGGGGUGGCAGCCAUCUUUGGGCCUUCUCAUAGUUCUUCAGCUAACGCAGUGCAGUCCAUUUGCAAUGCUCUCGGGGUUCCCCACAUACAGACCCGGUGGAAGCAUCAAGUGUCAGACAACAGGGAUUCUUUCUACGUCAACCUGUACCCAGACUUCUCAUCUCUCAGUCAAGCCAUUCUGGAUCUGGUACAUUUCUUCAAAUGGAAAACUGUCACCGUGGUGUAUGAUGACAGCACAGGUCUGAUUCGGUUACAAGAGCUUAUUAAAGCCCCAUCUCGGUACAGUAUUCGCUUAAAAAUUCGGCAGCUUCCAGCAGAUACAAAGGAUUCCAAGCCUUUGCUGAAGGAAAUGAAAAGGAACAAGGAAUUCCACAUAAUAUUUGACUGUGGUCAUGAGAUGGCAGCAGGCAUCUUGAAGCAGGCUUUGUCGAUGGGAAUGAUGACAGAAUAUUAUCACUACAUUUUCACCACCCUGGACAUCUUUGCCCUGGACUUGGAGCCUUAUCGCUACAGUGGAGUAAACAUGACAGGGUUCCAGAUUCUCAACACUGAGAACAGCCAAGUUGCCUCCAUAAUUGAGAAAUGGUCAAUGGAAAGAUUACAAGCACCUCCUAAACCAGGCUCGGGUUUACUGGAUGGAUUUAUGACGACAAAUGCUGCCUUAGUUUAUGAUGCAGUUCACGUGGUAUCGGUGGCUGUCCAGCAGUCCCCACAGAUGACUGUCAGCUCCUUGCAGUGUAACAGGCACAAACCCUGGCGCUUUGGAAGCCGUUUCAUGAAGUUCAUUAAAGAGGCUCACUGGGAAGGACUAACAGGCCGAAUUAUAUUUAAUAGUUCCAAUGGCUUGAGAACAGAUUUUGAUUUGGAUGUGAUUAGCCUCAAGGAAGAAGGGCUUGAAAAGGUUGGGACCUGGGAAACGAGCAGUGGAUUGAACAUGACUGAAAAUCGCAAAGGAAAGACAGCUAACAUCACCGAUUCAUUAUCUAACCGAUCGUUAGUUGUUACAACGAUUCUGGAAGAGCCUUAUGUGAUGUUUAAAAAGUCCGAUAAACCUCUUUAUGGAAAUAGUCGAUUUGAGGGAUUCUGCAUUGACCUCCUGAAAGAGUUGUCCAAUAUCCUCGGAUUUACCUAUGAGGUCAGACUGGUGGAUGAUGGGAGAUAUGGAGUUCAGGAUGAAAAAGGACAGUGGAAUGGAAUGGUCAGGGAACUGAUGGAUCAUCAUCCUAUCUUCUUCAUGCUUUGCUGUAAAGACAAUCAGCAGAAUCAUUUCAACAGGGUAGGUUAUGGCGAGAUUGUGGCAGAAGCAUGCAAGAAGUCCAGUGUGGCUCACCUUGACCUCAACAGCAACUCAUUGCAUUUUCUGUGCUUUUGCCAAGUAGCAAGGUUUAGCCCCUAUGAGUGGUAUAAUCCCCACCCUUGCAAUCCCGACUCAGAUGUGGUGGAAAACAAUUUUACCUUGCUAAAUAGUUUCUGGUUUGGAGUUGGAGCUCUCAUGCAGCAAGGUUCCGAGCUAAUGCCCAAGGCCCUUUCAACUAGGAUUGUGGGCGGCAUCUGGUGGUUCUUCACACUGAUCAUCAUUUCGUCGUAUACCGCUAACCUGGCUGCUUUUCUGACAGUGGAGCGCAUGGAAUCUCCCAUUGACUCGGCAGAUGACCUGGCGAAACAAACAAAGAUAGAGUAUGGAGCUGUUGGCGAUGGAGCUACUGUAACUUUCUUUAAGAAAUCCAAAAUAUCAACCUACGAAAAGAUGUGGGCCUUCAUGAGCAGCAGACAACAGACCGCGCUUGUCAAAAAUAAUGAAGAAGGAAUCCAGCGUGUCUUAACCACAGAUUAUGCCUUGCUAAUGGAGUCAACGACCAUUGAGUUUGUCACGCAGAGAAACUGCAACUUGACACAGAUCGGAGGCCUCAUAGAUUCCAAAGCUUACGGAGUUGGCACUCCCAUGGGUUCACCAUACAGGGAAAAGAUCACCAUCGCCAUUCUCCAACUGCAGGAGGAGGGGAAGCUACACAUGAUGAAAGAGAAAUGGUGGAGGGGCAAUGGCUGCCCAGAGGAAGAGAGCAAAGAAGCCAGUGCUUUAGGAGUCCAGAACAUUGGUGGCAUCUUUAUCGUGCUGGCUGCAGGCCUAGUACUGUCCAUCUUUGUGGCAGUGGGUGAAUUUCUGUACAAGUCGAAAAAAAAUGCACAGCUUGAGAAGAGGUCCUUCUGUAGUGCCAUGGUUGAGGAGCUCAGGUUGUCUCUCAAGUGUCAACGGCGUCUGAAACACAGGCCUCAGGCACCAGUCAUAGUGAAAACUGAAGAAGUUAUCAACAUGCAUACAUUCAACGACAGGAGAUUGCCUGGCAAAGAAACAAUGGCAUAAAGUGUAGAAA